UCUUCCACACACACUCACUUCCCUUCCCACUUACAGAGAAACAAGCCAACCCUAAAAAUCAACAACCCAACAAUCAUCAUCACAAGUUAAACUCAAUCUCUCUCUCAAACUUCUUCCCUUCCCACUCACACAGAAACAAUCAAACCCUAAAAAUCAACAACCCAACAAUCCUCACAAAUUAAACUCUCUCUCCACUCUCUCUCAAAUUUCAGGAAAAACAUAAAACCCUAAAUAGGGACAAAUGUCGGAUAAAACCGAACCUACAUCUGCAUCUACAACCAAAGUCCAUGUGACAGCCCUAGACGGCCUCGUCAAUGUCAACUCUCUCUUUACCGUCGCCGUCUUCAUGGGUCUCUCUUUCACCACGCCGGGCCAACGGAGCCUCGAGGACCGAGUGCACUGCGACGCAGACGCUACCGUCGCCAGGAAGCUCCUCGUGUUCGAGGUUGUUUCGUUCAGCUUCUUCCUCUUCUCCUCCCUUGUCGCGCAGGGUCUCAAACUGGCCAUCAAUCUGUUGAACAGCAACGACGUGGAUAAUGCCACUAAGGCACUCAUUAACCUCAAGGCCCUCAGAUUUGGGAUGUUGGCUUCGGCCUUUGGAUCGGUCAUGGGUUGCGUGUUCUUGAUGCUUUCGAUGAUCAAUGUGAUCCAGAUUCGAUUGGGGAUGUUGUCUUGUGGGAGCAAAUCAACUAUUCAUGCGGUCGCCGCGCUGGUUAUACUGGUUACAUCUGCACUUUUGAUGUAUAUAUCCACAGCUAUAUUUAUUUUUAUUAGGGGUGGUAAAUUAUCACACGACAUAAAUUAAAAAUGUUUGAGUUUGACAUAAAUGGAUUUGGGUCAUAAAAGGUUGACAAAAUUAAUAGUUUAUUUACCCGUGUUGGGUUAGGAUUGAGGCAUUAAAUAUGUGUAAUUCGUUUAUAACCCAUUUAACUCAACAUGUUAUAAUUUUACCU